UAAUUAACGCCAUUUUGAACAGUUUCUCAGAGAGAGAAGAACUAGGUCGAAGAGAAAUCCGCUGUCAUCCUGCCUUACGUAGUAAGAAGGGUGUAUGUAAGCCAUGAGUGGGGGAAUCCCAUAUCUCGGCAGUAAAAUAAGCCUAAUAUCGAAGGCUGGAAUACGUUAUGAAGGCAUUUUAUACACCAUUGAUCCGAAUGAGUCGACUGUAGCUCUUGCUAAAGUUAGAUCAUUUGGCACAGAAGACCGUCCAACAGAUCGGCCAGUAGCUCCAAGAGAUGAAAUAUUUGAGUAUAUAAUAUUCCGUGGUAGUGAUAUCAAAGAUCUGCAUGUGUGUGAGCCUCCUAAACCUCAGCCACUGCAACCACUGCCUCAGGACCCAGCUAUUGUUAAGUCAUCUCAGCCCACCCCCGGUGGCUCUUUCCAGCAGCAAAGUUCAGGAUUUGGUGGUAACACGUCCAGUUCAUACCAGCCUUUUGGUGGUCCAUCAUUGUAUGGUGGUCAGUAUGGAGGAGCGCCUGGAAACCAGCCACAACAAGGUUACGGAGGUUCUAUGCCCUCUGGUGGGCAACCAGGUGGGUCCCGUGGGCCAUCCCCUUCUCAUAACCGUGUUUCCCCUACCAUGGAUCAGGGCAUACAAGUGGGCCCAGUCCCGGCACAGCAGAAACGUACUGGUUCGCGAGGUUCAACACCGCCACCAAACAGAAAGUCACCUACUUCAGAUCAGGGAACCCAGGCAGAGCCCCCUAGUGUACCUGAUACGAGUAAACCGCCUCCGAAUCAUCAUCCGCCCAUGCAGCAGCAACAACACCCGCAGCAGAAUGACAACAGAAGACGUCCUCCACAACAUCGAGACAGAGGCUGGGAGAGAAAGGAGGUGCAGGACAGGGGUUAUGAGAGAAGAGAACAGUAUGACAGAAGAGAUCAAUAUGAAAGAAGAGAUCAAUAUGAAAGAAGAGAUCAGUAUGAAAGACGUGAUCAUCAGGAUCACAGACCUGUAUCUGCCAGCUAUGCAAGGGGAAGAGGCAAUAACAGAGGAGGUUCAGGUUUUCGAGGUGGUUCAGCGAGAGGAGGUGGAAGAGGUGCACCUCGUGGUCAAUCAGCAAGAGGUCGAGGGUCAGGGCGACCUCAUGAGCCGAUUAAGUUUGAAGGAGAAUUUGAUUUCGAAAGCUCCAAUGCUCAGUUUGAUAAGGAGGAAAUAGAACGAGAGCUAAAGCAAAAAUUAACAUUAGAUGAUACGAGCAAGGUUAAUGGUGAGAAGACUGUGGAGAAUGGAGAGGGGGGAGAGGAAGAUGAUGAGUGCUUCUAUGACAAAUCCAAAUCUUUCUUUGACAAUAUUAGUUGUGAGGCAACUGACAGAGCCAAAGGAAAACAAUCUCGGCCAAGUUGGAAGGAGGAAAGAAAAUUGAAUGUUGAAACAUUUGGUACGAGUGACCCACGACGGGGCUUUCGUGGAAGAGGUGGUUUCCGUGGCAAUAGAGGGUAUAAUAAUUACAAUGGUUACAGAGGACGUGGUCGGGGAGGUGGUGGUGGAUUCAGAGGUCGCGGAGGAUACGGUGGUGGUCGAGGUGGAGGUCCCAGGAGAAGCCAGGGCUGGGUAGACUACGAAUACCAUUAUGAUGAUAACAGAAGACCCCAAAGUGGGGACAAGUCAAUGAACAAACAACAGCAGCCAAACAGACCGACAGAGAAGGCAGAGUCAUAGUGACUGGAAUACACUAUCGGAGAUGGUGCUUGAGACAAAAAUCUGGUCGACAUAGAGUAUAUAUGCUGAUCUCUUUAUACACACAUUGUUCCUUGAUCACUAUAGAACAGCUAAGAACACUUGGUCAGAAGUGAUGACACCGCCAUUACCAUUGUGUAAUUAUAUAUAAAGAAAAACUUAGUGCUGGAUUUUGGGGUCAAAAUGAACCUACUGACUGGAAAUUUUGUACAUUGUCGAUGACCUAGAAGAAAUAUUGUGGUUGGAAAAAUUUUGUAUAAGUUUUUGUCUGUUGUGUUACCUGAAUCAGUAUUUUAGUAAGUGUGACACAACAGACUCUUUAUUUAUUUAUGUUUUGUGAUUUAUAUAAUGUGUCAGACACACAGUUGUGUUCAAGCUCAGAAAUUAAUGUAAGAAUAAUUGACUCAGUGUAACAAUAGUUAAGAGAAUUUAGAAUUAUGCUACUUGAUAGAGAUUUAUUCAGCAUUGUUUGAAAUAAGAAAAACAUCCAAAAUGCGCAUUUAUUAUUUUGAUUAAGAAAGGAGUUGCUUGCAAUAGUUAUCAAAUGGGGUAUGAUGUGAUGUAAUCUUUCAAAGCAAGUAUUAACAAAUGCUUCUGAUUAUUUACAAAAUUUCUUACAUUGUCGAAACUUAACUCUUAGGCAUUUAUUAUUUUUUGGGCAUUUUUGGAUAAUGAGUAGGUGUAGUAAUGCUUGGAAUUAACUUAGAAGUUCUUGUACAAGAUAAGCAAUAUGAAUUAUUAAAUUAAAACGAAAGGACAUGCAGUAUGUCAUCACUGGUACAGACUCUAGAAGCUUCUCUUUUUCUGUUUGCUGUACUGGUACUGAUGAUAAACCCGAACAGAAAAUGAAGUUUUUUACCUGUAACUUUUUUAUUUCUAAAAAUUGCAAUCAAUGGUCGGUAUCAAAAUAAAGCUUAACCUUUGCUGAAAUUUUUACAUAAUUAAAAUUUAUAUUUAGUAAGCAAACUCGCACGAAGUGAGGCCCUGAAAGGGGUAUGUGAAAAGGGGACUGUAUGAACGUUGACUGAUGAUAAAUUCGAACACUUUGUCAUUUACAAAAUUUUCUUGGUAUUAUUAUAUUGAAACUUUCCCCAAAAAGCUGCAACAGUCAAUCCUGAUCAAGUAAUGAAAAGUUACCAAAUGUCAGGCUUCAUGUUUCCACAGUGAGCAUGCGCUAAAAAACACCCUCUUCCCCAGUAAUUUUGGACAAAUAUUUUUUAUACAAAUUUAUGUAAGUCAUUUAUUCAUACAGAAUAUUUACCAAUUUUGUUUUUGUUUACACCAGUUGGUGUUGUAAGUGGAAACUAUUAGAUGGUGUGUUCAAUUUUAUAAAUAACCGAUUGCAUUCGAGUAUUUCCAAGGUGGUCGACUUUAUCAUCUGUCUGGGUUUAUCAUCAGUACCAGUAAGUUUACUGCAGUAUUGAUGAGGCAAUUUUUAAACUUUCUGAGAAGAAGAUUUUACAAUGACGUUAAUUUUUGAAAAUUUUCAACUGCUCUGUACAGUUAAAACAAAAUGACAUAGAAUAGAUAAUUUUGUUGCCGGAGACAAACUUUUUGUUACACACAACAAUAUCUGAUCUGUUAAAUGAAGAGAAAAAAAUCAGCUUUGUGAAGUGUGUAUGUUAUCAAACCUUGGUACACUUCAGCUACUCAAGUCAGUGAUGUGUUAAAUACAAAUUUGUUAAGUCCAACUUACUGAGUUUUGUUACCCAUUGCUUGAUGUUCUAAAUUGGUAAUAUUUUUUGUACCUUCGCUGCAGAGUUUCAAAAAUGAAAAUUUGUGAAAAUGUCUUUAGCGUCUUUUUGCAGUUCAUCUUCUUGAUUUUAGAACAAUCUUUAUACUUCUUUACACAUGAAACAAUUGACAUGAGACAUGCUUAUACUCAAAUUUAUGUGCUACCUUCAAUAUUAAAUAUGUAUUUUUGACAGACAGACAUGUUUGAUGAGUGUUUACCAGUUGGAUCUUACUUUUAUAUUUAAACAUGAGGAAGAGGUUAUUUAUUUGCAGAGUAAUUUCACUAGUGUGUAGCCCUAGUGAAUUACUCUAAGCAGCAUAUAACCGAUAUUGUUCUUUUUAAAUAGAUGUGAUUCUAAUAUAUCAUUUAUUAAAAAAGAAAGUUGAUGAGAUAGCGCUAUAUCUUUGAGCAUGUAUGACAUAAAGUAGCAAGUCAAGUGACCUAAAUGUGAUCAUGUUAUACUAAUGUUAAAACAUGGUGGUGAGAUUACACAUCCUGUGGAAUAAUUUACAAGUGCAAAGAUAUCUAGUGAAUUCUUCUGCACAGCAUACAAUUGACAAGAGUGUGUAUUGCAACACCAUUCUGUUUUACGUUUGAUUAAUGUCUUUUAUGUAAAAUAUAUGUAGAAGGUCUAAUCUGGUAGCACAUAGAUCUAUCUUGAGCAUUUUUACAUUAGCAGAACUGAUAACUAUCCCACUUUGUGUGAAGAAAGAAAAUAGAAUUUAUGAUUAUUAGGAGUUAGCUGUUCGAAUACUUAACAUUUUGUUUUGGGACUAGAAAAUUAACUUGUUCAUGUAAGAUACUUGCCUUAUUAUAAUGGGAAGAUAAUCUGUGAUAGAUAAUAAUUUGAGAAUUGUAUUGCUUCUCUCCCUUAUUUUGAUUAAAUUGCUGAGCACUGGUA